GGAACAAACAAAAGAAACCAAAGCAAAGUUUAGCAGCUGUUGUAGCAUACAGUAAAGCAUACAGUUUGGGUGUAAACAGGUAUUUAAGGGACACCGAACAGCUGACAUUUGGCUCUUCUGUACACUAGCUUGGAAAAAGAAAUGGACAUGAAGAUGAUAGCACAUUAGCCAAACAUCAAGAUUUUAAGUUUUUAUUUUAUUAAGUAAUCUCUUUAAUUUUGGAAACUUUUAAGUGUUUAUUUUUUAAAUUGUUUUAAAUUAUGAUGAAGGGCUCCCAUUCUGCUUUGUCAAGCCGGAGGAGGAGGAGCAGCGGGGCGCCCGGGCUCCUGUAUCCGCUGCUCGGUGCGUGUCUCUGGGCUGCGGUGGUCGGGUACAAGCCGGUGAUCAUAGUACACGGUUUGUUCGACAGCUCAGGGGAUUUUAUAAAUUUACAGCGGUUCAUUAACGAGUCUCAUCCUGGAACAAAUGUAACAGUCAUCGACUUGUUUGACAGAAGUGCCAGCCUGCAGCCCAUGUGGAAGCAGGUGGAAGGAUUCAAGGCAGCUAUUUACCCAAUAAUGCAAAACGCAGAAGACGGGGUGCACUUUAUCUGCUACUCUCAAGGUGGGCUAGUUUGCAGAGGAAUCCUCUCCACUCUCUCUGAUCACAACGUCCAAUCUUUUAUCUCGCUGUCCUCACCUCAGGCCGGCCAAUAUGGAGACACAGACUACUUGAGAUACCUCUUCCCACAGUUUGUGAAGUCCAACCUUUUCCACCUCUGCUACACGUCAAUAGGUCAGAGGAUCUCCAUCUGCAACUACUGGAAUGACCCCCACCACAGAGACCUGUAUGUGAACAGCAGUGAUUAUUUGGCUCUGCUCAACAGUGAAAGACCCAAUCCAAAUUCAACAGAGUGGAAGAAGAACUUCCUCAAAAUCAAAAAGCUGGUGUUGGUCGGAGGACCUGACGAUGGAGUCAUCACUCCCUGGCAGUCAAGUCAGUUCGGAUUUUUUGACGACAACGAGACUGUCGUUGAGAUGCAGAACCAAGAAUUGUAUUUAAGAGAUGUUUUCGGUCUGAAGACGCUGGCGGCUCGUGGAGAUCUGAUCAUCUGUUCUGUUCCUGGCGUCCAACAUGUGUAUUGGCACUCGAAUGAGACUGUGUUUCACACGUGCAUGGAGAAGUGGCUGGUGUAGAACAAAAUCCAUUUACAGCACACACAGAUACACACACACA